UCGCUCGAGGAAUGGAACACCAUGGACGGGAUGGCCACUUCCUCCCCUGCUCCGACGCCAUAGAGGACGCCUUCUCGCUGCAGCGUCUCCUCACCGCCGAGUCUCUCUGGGGUGGUCUGGUGGCUGUGAUCUCGACCCGCCCCAAUGGAUUGUCCGGCGUUGGCGUACACAGCGGAGGUGCUGCUGUUCCGCUACGCCAACCCCAUCUUCCAGCCCUCCGUCGCCCCACUAGCAAGCUGCAAGGGAUAUGAAAGAGAGGUUGCAAAGGCUGCAACCGAGGAACAUAAGAAGAAGCCAGUGGACAAGGUGGUGAACUCGCUGUUCGAGAAGAGGCCGAAGCAGUUCGGCAUCGGCGGCGCGCUACCGCUCAUGCCCCCUACCAUUGACCUGAACAGUGGCAUUUGAACACCACCACUACUAGUAUAAUUUAGCUUUAUUUUAUAAUCGGUAGGUAUCUAGUACUAGUAGACUUGUGGUAGCCCAGUGAUGGUGCUGUUCUUCUAGUCCCAGUUUCAGACUUUCAGCUGUGCAAGGACUAAGUUCAGUAGUUGGCAGUUUAAUCUAGUAUGUGAUGAUGAAAGGACCAAGUUCAGUACAAAUAUUAUGUUAACUCCUUACAAUUAAUUUCGGAUCCCUUCAUCUGAGAAUUUAAGCAUGUUAUCUACUCCAUGCAGAGCAACACACAUACUAGUAGAAAAUAGCAUGUCAUAAUGGAUAAACACUGGUUAGUAAGGAGUUAAUUCUGUGAUUUCCUGACUGCAAAUCUAGGCGUACGAGCUACUAUAAUUAUGCAGUAGGAAAGAGCAUGUCCUGAUGCUUCAGAUUAGCAUGCAGUGGAAUUAGUUCUGGAUUCCUUGAUUGCAAGUCCAAAUAUGUGAGCUAGUAGUCACGGUGGUGUACCUACACAACUUUGCUGUUAACUGCUCGGACUGAAUUAAUUGAUUGAUAGCCUUUUUUACCUACACAAGCUAGCAGCGGACUAACAAUUUGUACUGAAUUAAUUGAUGUACCUAGAGGAAAUAAACAGUAAACUAACCCAGAUCAUUGUUGGGAAUGCUGGUCAUUGUCGCUGUGUGAGUACAGUUCUUAUUGCCUUGUGUCAAUGGACCCACUGAUCUGAAGUCAGUCCUUAAUGUGUGGAUGGUUGUGCUGUUUUGCUAGUGUUUGAGAUGGUCUUCCUGUUGGUGCAUGAGGAAGAGGAAGUGAAGUCAUUGAUUUGUCCACCGAGGAAGAGGAAGCGUGAAGUCUUUGAUCUGUCCAGAGGGAGCUCUAGGCUCAAGAAGUUGGAAAAAGGGAACGCUUCAUCUUUGUAGCUAAUUAUAUGUUCCUGGAUGAUGUGAAUGGCUGUUAUAGUACUUCAUAGCAGCACUUUUGUAGUUGUUCUAUAUUCCUGGAUGAUGUGAACUAUGGCAUGAUUGUAAUAUAUAUAAUAUACUCAUUUUGGUCGUCAUUUAUGAAAA